GAUAAUCGGUCAACAAACAAGAGGAGAGAGGCAGGAGGGCACAGGGCAGCAUGUUUACAGCUAACAUGCACAAUUAGCUGCCCUUCACCGACUAACUUUAGCAUUAGUAGGGUUUUUGAUCGAAGGGGCUAACUCUCUCCAGGGCGGCUGACGACAAUGCUUUUGUGCCGGACGGGGAGGCUGUCUGCAGCGGCUCUGGAUCAGGCUUUCAAGUCGGCGGGCUCAUCUCUGGUGCGAGUCAAAGCAAACAGACUGAGGGACGGAGCUUUGGCGUUACACAAGGAGCACACGGUUCACCGGUGUUUCUGCGUGCCAGUCCGGGCUGUCUACACAACUCCUGUCCAUUUUGAGAAACAGCAACCCUAUCCGCAACCCAUCCAAAACUGGGACACACAGCCUGGUUUUGUAAUAACAAACUGGGCUCACUCAGACCGGGUCUCUGCUAUAGCUUUUGGGCUUUCUAGAAGCGUGCAAAGUGAAGGCGGUUAUUCAGAUUUUAUCAGGCAGCCGAGCAGGCGCUUAAACAGCAGGGGAGAGUCCGCGGGUAAUGCUUUGUUUACGGGUAACUGGAGGGUUUCCACUGGCACUAUGCAGACCAGAACCUCGUCCACCGCCGCGGCCACGAAGAAGAAAGAUGACGUCAGAGAGGAGCAGGCGGCUGACAACAACAAAGAGGAGGACAAGAGUUUAAAGGACACAUCUACCACCUCCCCAUCUUCUGCAAAGGCCCCAGAGGAGCCAGAACCAGAGGGGGGAAAGCCCACCAAAGCUCAGCAACUUAAGAAAGUCUUCAAGGAGUAUGGAGCAGUGGGAGUCUGCUUUCACAUCGGGAUCUCUCUCAUGUCCCUGGGAAUGUUCUACCUCCUAAUAUCCAGUGGGAUCGACAUGGGGGCUGUUCUCUGCAAACUUGGCUUCAGUGAGACCGUUGUCCGCUCAAAAAUGGCAGCAGGGACAAGCACAUUUGUUUUGGCUUACGCCAUCCACAAGCUCUUCGCUCCGGUUCGCAUCAGCAUCACUCUGGUGUCUGUGCCUCUCAUCGUACGCUACUUCAGAAAGACUGGACUGUUUAAACCCCCCACUCCUGCACCCUGAUGGUCCUCCUCUGCCUCAUAAAAACAGCAAACAUCCUGACUGUUAACGGCCAUUAUUAAAACCCUGUAUAUAUCUUUACUCAUCGCUUUCAUCUUCAGAUGCCUCAUUUGAUGUUGUAGUGAAUCCAGGUGAAACAUUGCAAACAAAAUAGUUCCAAUUGUGGCAUAAUCAAAGUUUUUGAUUGUUACUUAAGUUUUAAAAAGUCCUGACAAAGGCUGAAAAAGCCAAAGUAUUUAUUUACAAUCAGACGUUUUGAUCAGGGAUUUGUGUUCUCUUUCAGUGGGCAGGUUUGUCUUUUAAUGCUGUGAACGUUCACUGUGGGGGCAAUAGAAUAAGCUGAUCUCUCCUCCACCGUUUCUGUUAGCUGACUCGGCCAUGUUCAGGUGAUACAUGAGUCAGCAGAAUAAAUCGGCUCUGUCUCUUACAUCUUUCUCCUUUUCUCUGUAAACUCAGCUCAAACUGUCUCCUACCCUGUUUUUAGUUCCUGCUGUUGUUUACCUCCCUCCUAUAUAUCCUCUCAGCAUCUAUUUUCUUCCUCCUAUGACUUAUUUUUCUUUCUCCCCUCUUAUUUCUCUUUUUUUCCUCCUUUUUGUUUGUUAAUUUAAUGUCACAGCCCAAGCUACAACUUCAAGCACAUUAAACCACGCGUGAAGCUGAUUUUUGACUUUCUUGCAGGUUUUGGACAGGUGUUGGUUUGUGAAGGUUUUUUUUUCUCAUUGAUGGACCUUAUUUAACUAUUAAAAGGAAUGUUGUCUUUUCUA